GGUCAUAAAAAUCAGUCGAUCGUAGACUCUCUAAAUAAACGGUAGCAAGCCGCGUUCGGCUGAAGGUCCUACGUUGUAGUAAAGUGUAAAAUAAAAGAAAACAUUACAAAAGUUAAUAACAAACAAAAAAAUUAUAAAUACCGGUGUUUUAUUCUUUCGGCCAUUGACCUACAUAGAUAAGUGUAACCCGUCAACAAAACCACAGAGGGGAAAACUCAAGUCUGCAUACAAUACACCACAUAUAACCACACUCUUAGUACAACCAGUUUGACUGAGUUGUGGAAAAUCCAUUCAAAAGCAAACUCAAUGAAAAGUUUGCGCAUGAUUUUUUCUUUGGUUUUUAUGCACUGGGUCGGUCUCAUGACACCCUCUCUGUGUUUGAGCAGCAUUGUGUGAUUUUGUGUGGCAACAAGUUAAGACCGACCACCACCAACAUUCAACAAACCCACUUUCCAACCGGUUGCUUUAUCGACGUGGUUACAUUGAAGAAAACUUGCAAGGAUACAACCAACCCACCAUCUGCAUCUACUUGGCAACGUAUCGCGAGGAAAUACAAAUGAAGUUUCAAAUCUGGGAAGUUCUGUGAUUAACCGCAAAAGAAAUUCGAUUAACCGCAGGAAAAGACUUAAAAGACUGCCAUCAUUGAUUGAGGAAAGUUGAAAGUUUUGUGUGGCGUAAAAUAAGUGUCGUCAACGUUGUCAUUGCCAUGGGUUACGAUGAUGUCAUUACAUACUUGGGCGACUUUGGAAGAUAUCAGAAGCAGAUUUACUUUCUCCUGUGUUUGCCCGCCAUAUCAUGUGCCUUUCAUAAGCUAGCUGGAGUAUUCCUGUUGGCUCGACCAGAUUUUCGUUGCGUCCUGCCAUUUGAGAAUGAUACUUCCAACUUUGAGAGUUUCCCCAAAUCACAAUGGAAUUUGUCAUAUCCCUAUGACUCGACCACAGAACAAUUUCAAACAUGCGAAUAUUUUGAUGUGAACUACAGCGACGACUACCUCAACAAUGGACUAGCCCCUUUGCCAGGAGGUGGCCUAAACGAAACAAACACCAGGCACUGUGACCACUAUGUCUACGACCAGAGUACGUAUAAGAGUAGCGCUGUCACCGAAUGGAAUAUGGUGUGUAGCCGUGCCCUACUGAGUGCCACCAGCGAUUCACUUUUCAUGGUGGGCGUUUUGUUGGGCAGCAUUAUUUUUGGCCAAUUAUCGGAUAGGUACGGCCGGAAGCCAAUAUUUUUUGCCUCGCUGGUAAUACAAGAGAUCUUCGGUGUUUUGGCUGGAGUGGCUCCGGAAUAUUUCACCUACACGGUUUCGCGAAUGAUAGUUGGAGCCACUACUUCGGGUGUUUUUCUGGUGGCAUAUGUCAUUGCCAUGGAAAUGGUGGGAACUUCAUAUCGCCUGUUUGCCGGUGUGGCCUGUCAAAUGUUUUUCUCUGUGGGCUUCAUGCUCACCGCCGGCUUUGCCUAUUUCAUAAGAGACUGGAGAUGGUUGCAAAUAGCCCUAACAUUGCCUGGCCUACUGUUCAUGUGCUAUCACUGGAUCAUUCCCGAAUCGGCGAGAUGGCUUUUAUCUAAGGGCCGCAAAGAUGAGGCCAUAGUGGUCAUCGAAAAAGCAGCCCAAGUGAAUAAUGUCAAAAUCCCCUCCGAGGUGUAUGAAAAUCUCAUUGAAGAUUCGACACAAAAGAAAAACGAAGAUGAGGCCAAUAAGAACUCCAGUGACAAAAACUCGGCCAGUGUCUUCGAUUUGCUGCGUUAUCCAAAUAUGAGACGCAAAACGUUGAUAAUUUUCUUCGAUUGGUUUGUCAACAGCGGUGUGUACUAUGGCCUGUCGUGGAACACCAAUAACUUGGGAGGAAAUGUGCUUUUGAAUUUUAUGAUUUCGGGAGCAGUAGAAAUUCCCGCCUAUAGCUUCUUGUUGCUCACCCUUAACCGUUGGGGAAGACGCACCAUUUUAUGCGGCUGCAUGUUGGCUGCUGGCGUAGCUCUUCUGCUGACCAUUAUAGUGCCGGGCGAGAUGAAUUGGUUAGUGAUACUGUUUGCUAUGAUUGGAAAACUGGCCAUCACAGCCUCUUAUGGUACCAUUUACAUAUUUUCGGCCGAACAAUUUCCCACAGUAGUGCGCAAUGUUGCCUUGGGCGCCUCCUCAAUGGUAGCUCGCAUUGGAGGCAUUUUGGCUCCCUAUCUCAAUCUGCUGGGCCAAAUCUGGCGUCCCUUGCCCUUGAUCAUAUGCGGAGCUUUGGCAUUUUUGGGUGGGCUACUAUCACUGUUACUUCCCGAGACCCACAACAAACCAAUGCCGGAGACAAUGGAAGAUGGUGAGAAUUUUGGCAAGCACCAGUGA